UCAAGUUUCAAUCAAAAUUUUAGUUUAUAUUUUUCCUCUUUUAAGUGAGUUUUUUGGGAAUGGAUUCUCUCAAUUUAUCUCUGUAUCUUAGGUUUUGCCAAUCUAAGUGGUGAACCUGGUACGAUAGUGUUACAAUCAAGGGGCGUCUUUAGUACCAAAAUCAACUCAACGACAAAAAUAAACCCUUCUUUGAUGUUUGUGAUGGGAUAUUUUUGAAUUACAACUGGCUGGUAUUGCCUCAUCUUUUGUCUUUAUCUGCAUCUUGAUUCUGCAUUUUGCUUGGAUAUGGAUCUUUUAAAAUGCGCCACGCAGGAUUUGGACCUACCAAUAACAGCAGGUGCUGCUAGUGAUAAAAAGCACAGUGUCUAUGCAGGGAUAGAUGUAUUUGAAAGGCCUGUAUUUUGUGCAGCUAAUCGUCGCAGCGAGUGGCAAGGUCGUGGUUAUCAUAUUGCAGUUGAGGGAAGACAAGUAUCAGAUGCUCCUUGGAAUAACAUUUCGUGCCAGGGACUUCAGCCUCAUCUUGAGAAUACAACCGUGUCUGCUUCAGAUAAAAUUGAAGUCCUUGUUGAUCUCAAUGAAGCCUCCUAUAAUGGUGGUGGAAAUCUUACAUUCAACGGGGAACUUCAAAAUGGUGCAUUUUUCGAAACAAGGAUAUUCCAAGCAGAACUUGUUCUUGGGGAUUCACCUGUCAACUUUACAUACUCUGUGAAAUCAGAAGAGAAUCCUCUGUUUGGCCUAAGUCUGAAAUUCUUUUCUGAGGAAUAUGGGAAGGAAUCAUUUCUUCUUGCAACCCUGACAAUGACUAAUAUAUUAAGCAAGUUAACGGAAGUGAUUACACCAAAUCAAGUUAGAAAGCCAGAGAUGGCAAGAGGAUGGGUCCUAAUGGACUACACCAUUAGAAAGAGUGGAUGGACAUUAACUGAAAUCAAUGCUGUCUGCUACAAGCCAACAGCUAAAACUAGUAAACAGGAUCCAGAUUCAGAAUCCAGUGACCAAGACAAUACGUCUGCCUCAGUUGCAGGAAAAUAUCAUGUAGUACUAGGUCAUAUCACAAUUAAAAAUUCCGUGAAAAGCUUAGGUUUUCUUCCAGCUACUUCAUGGUUACUCAAGUCUGAAACUCUCCAAAACACUGGUUCAAAACUGAGUCUUAACAUCACCUGGAAAUUGAAAGAUGGUGAGGAACCUUCAUUUUUAAGGUACCAUGUCUAUGUUGAGAAUGCAGCAACAAAAACAGAUGGAAAACAGGAGAGUAAGCUGGAAGACAGGGUGAAGUAUCUUGGAGUGGCACAUGUGCAUGCUUUUUAUGUUUCUGAAAUUGACAUUCCUCCUGGUGUUACUAUUCUCAAAUUCAUCAUCCAGGCUUGUGCUGCUGAUGGGGCUUUCCAGAAACUGAAUGAUUCUCCCUAUAUUGAAGUGAAUGUUUAAGGUAUAACUGACUAUUUCCUAGUACACUAGUCCUUUAUGAUGAAGUAAGAUGCAAUGCCAUCAUCCAUAGCUUGUGUUGUAUCAUGACAAUAGGACACCCUUAAGUGGGAUACAAUAAGUAAAAGAGGGAAUGUAGU